AAAUUCAAUACAGAUUUAGCUACUUGAAACAAAGACCAACGACUAAGGACUGUGAACAAUGACCAAUGACCGUGUCCAGUGACUAGCGACGCUGAUAGCUCUACGCUCCUUAAAUUUUCCAGUACAAAGAUUUUUCUGGAUCCUUUCAGUCAAUUAUAGUAGAUUCUACAAGUUUUUGCUUUGACCUCAUAUCAUGGUUACGCAAAUCAAUAUUUCAUUAAGUUCCAAAAUGGACAGGUAUAUCGAAAAGGCAUACACUGAGAACAAAUACAUUCUUGUCGAAAAAAUUCGAAAACACUGUCUCAAACAUAAUAAACCUGAGAAGUCUAAAUCUGAGUUAGUAAACAAACUUGACAAAGCUAUAAAGAAUGCUGCUUCAGAUUCCGACUGUAGCUGGAAAACUGCAUCUAGAGACGAGAAGAAAAAGGAAUUGAAAAAAAUCUAUAAAGAUGUGAGGGAGGUGAAAAUGUCAAUAGAUUCCAGCAAUGAAUUUUAUGAUAGCGAUAACAGCGUAGCAUCAUUGGACUUAUCGGUUUGGUAAUAAGAUUUAGUACAUUUUAAUUACAUUCUUUUCUAUUUCAGAAUGUAAGCUUGAGAUUGAAUUUCUUUUUUGUUUAAAAAUAAGUCAAUAUCUUAUAAUAUUUUCUGUUUCACUUUUAAAAACAUUUUAGAACAAUUAUAAAUUUACUUUUCUUUCGCAGCAUGACAAACAUUUUUUAAAAAUAAUUGAUAAAAUUAAAAUAAGCCAAUGUGUUUCAAUAUUUUUAAAACACGUGAAUUUGUACCUUACAAAUAUUCAACAAAAGAUUUGUAGAAAUUGUAGAAUUCUUAAUGUGUAAAAAAAAUUA